UAAUGAAAAAAAUACCCAAAUUUAUGUGAUCAAUUGACAAAAGCAAACAAAUUUAGUUUGUCGGUAGAAGUCAACGUUAAAAGUAGGUUUUCUCUUUUAAGGGAAAAUCUUUAAUUAAAAACAAGUUCCUUUAAAACAAUUAUGCCUCCUCCAGGCCGUGUGGGUUUUGGUGGUCCACCACCUCCCUAUGGCAGAGGACCACCCGGAUGGGGUCCUCCACCACCAAGACCUGGUCCUUCGGUUGGAGUGAAUAUUAACGUGGGCGCCAGACCACCACCGCCGGUAGGUGGAGUAGUGGUGGUAGGAGGUAUGGCUCCUCCACCUUUAAUAAUAGGUGCUUCUAUGGCACCACCACCUUCAACAACGGUAGUAGUAGGCGGUGCACAACCCCCACCACCAUCAACGGUAGUUGUAGGCUCGCAGCCAGCCCAAGCAUCUGUGGUUGUUAAUCAACCUCCACGUCCUCAAGCGGUCGUAUAUACUAGUGGCGGUUGUUGCACAAUAUUGUAAAAAAUUUGGUUUUAUUUUAUAUAAAUUUAGUUGUAGUUGUAAUUAUGUUGUUAGUGUAAUGUAUUGUGUAUAUAUUUAUUUGUGGUAUUACUUAGUUAAAUAAAAUUCAAUUUAAGAAGGAAA